UUUAUCAACAGCUAACUGAAAUGCGCAAGAUUUCUUUCGAGAACAUUUCCAAAACAAAAAUUACCGGAUAACUGACAAAAAAGUAAAUUAAAAAGAACUUGUGAAAUCUACGUAUUUGAUAAACAUGGUCGAUUACAGCAAGUGGAAAAAUAUCGAGAUUUCAGACGAUGAGGAUGAGACCCAUCCUAACAUCGACACACCUUCCUUAUUCAGAUGGAGGCACCAGGCCAGAGUUGAACGUAUGGAAGAAAGGAAACGUGAAAUAGAAGUUUUCGAAAAGAAAAAAUCUGAUAAUGCUAAAAAAGUCAAGGAAUUGAAGGAAAAAGUUGCCAAAGCAGAGAGCUCAAAGGAAAACAACUUAGAAGACCUGAAAAAGUCUCUGCAGGAAGCUGAAAAGGAAGCCGAGAACAUUAAAAAUGAAGAGGACGAACUGAGAAAGAAAGAUAAGUUAACGCCCUGGAAUGUGGACACUAUCAGCAAACCUGGUUUUCAAAAGACUGUGAUAAACAAAAAGCCGAAUCGUCCAAAAGAUGAAAACCUCACCGAAGAAGAACGUGAAGCACGUAUGAAGCAAUUUAUCAAGGAAAACGAGAAAGACCUCAAACAUUUCGGCAUGCUGAAACGUUACGAUGACUCCAGAGCUUUCUUGAAACAACACAGCCAUCUCGUGUGCGAGAACACGGCCAACUACCUUGUUAUAUGGUGUAUCAAUCUUGAAAUGGAAGAUAAACACGAACUGAUGCAGCACGUUGCACAUCAAACGAUUUGUAUGCAGUACAUCUUAGAACUGGCGAAACAACUGGAUUACGACCCUAGGGCCUGCGUUGACGCAUUCUUUUCUAAGAUACAGGUAGCCGAAGUGGAGUACAAGCAAUCGUUUGAAGACGAACUGAACCAGUUCAAGGACAGGAUACGUAAGCGAGCUGCAGAGAAGAUCGAAGAAGCUAUGAAGGAGGUGGAAGAGGAAGAGAGGCAGAAGCGGCUCGGUCCGGGCGGCCUCGACCCGGUGGAAGUAAUGGAGAGCCUUCCCGAAGAGCUCAGGAGCUGUUUCGAGUCCCAAGACAUCAAACUGCUCCAAGAGACCAUAGCCAAGAUGGACAAGGAGCAGGCCGUGUAUCACAUGAAGCGCUGCGUCGAUUCGGGACUUUGGGUGCCGGAAGGCGGUAAAGACAAACAAGAGGAGUCGGACGGCGCCGGAAAAUCAGAGGAAGGCGCAGGUUCUUAAUUCUCUUUACUAGUUUGUUGUAUGACGUACACUUUUAUCAAUGCUAUUAAUUAGUUUGUAGUUUUAAUACUUUCUUUCAGUUUAUUUGUGCCUCAUUGGCACGAUUGAGGAUGUGUGAGUGAGAGCUUAGUAUGUACAGGGUGUUUUGAAGACAGGUGCCAUAAAUUAGGCGGAAGACGUAAAAAAUGAGGUAAUUUGGUCCUUCGGAUGAAGGACAUGUAAGAUGUUUUUUUUUAAUAAGAGUUUUUUGGAAUCUUGUAAAUCAAUCGUGUGCAUCAGCAUCAGCAUAAAAUUAUCAGAUUGUUUUGUAAAAUAUAGUAGACCCACGGUUCGACUUGUUUUUUUCUUGUUGACCCUGAAUUUGUGUCACCUUUUUCGAAAUGCCCUAUAUAUUAUAUUUGUAGAGAACUGUAACUACCUUUAACAUUACUUUAAAGUAUUUUAAAUGUUUUGUAUGUAAAACAUGUAUUUCUUUAUUUAAUACCAGUUAAAAAUAAAUAUUUUAAAAUUA